ACUGACUGCGCCUCACUGUCAUGCCAUAGAAAUGGUCAUCAUGGCAGGCAUGGCAGAGCACGAAAGAAAAGUAGUUAUAGAGUUUUGUCAUUUACUAGAAAAAUCAAAGCAACUUUUUAAUGGCCUUCGAGAUCUGCCUCAGUAUGGACACAAGCAGUGGCAAGCGUAUUUCGGGAGAACAUUUGAUAUCUACACAAAACUAUGGAAAUUUCAGCAACAACAUAGGCAAGUAUUAGACACAAAAUAUGGUCUGAAGAGGUGGCAAAUUGGUGAAAUAGCUUCUAAAAUUGGACAACUAUACUAUCAUUAUUACUUGCGCACAAGUGAAACCAACUAUUUGAACGAAGCGUACUCGUUCUACGCAGCCAUCAGAGGUCGAGCCUACUAUUCUCGAGCGGCCAAGGAAGACAGGUCGGACCUGAUGGUCAAGAAGCUGAGGUAUUACGCCAGGUUUAUAGUCGUGUGCCUGCUGCUCAAGAAGAUGAAGCUGGUCCGGGACUUGGUAAUGGAGCUGGACAACCAGAUCUCGGACUACACGAGCACGUACGAGCCGGACGACCAGCUGGAGUGGUCGCUGGUGCUGGAGGAGAUCAAGUCCUUCAUCAAGGCGGACGAGGUGGUCAGCGUGCUGCACGCCGACUCCAACACCAUCGUGCUCUCCCACAGACUGAGUCCCUUGACCACGCCUCCGGUGGAGAAGUCCCCGGUCAUGAACCUCACCCUGCAGGAGAUACUCAUCGUGGGCAACAGCAGCGACCAGGUGAAGUUCAGCGAGCUGACGAUGGACAUGUUCCGGAUGCUGCAGACGCUGGAGCGAGAGCCACAGGAGGACUUCAACCACAUCUACGACGCCUCCCCGGCCCCUGGCCGCAUACCGCUGGACAAGGGCUACAUGCUGCCCGGCUCCAAGCCCUCCUACCCGCUGGUGUCCGGCUGCCAGGAGAACGGGGACCGCCUGCUGAAACGAGAGAACCCCCACAAGUACCUGCUCUACAAGCCCACUCUGAGCCAGGUGCUCGUUUUCCUCGCUUCAGGGUUCAAGGAGCUGCCGCCCGCGGGAGCCUUGCUGCUCUACAUCUCCGCCGACGGCUGCUUCUUCCCCGUCAAGCACCCUGACGACCUGGGCUACGACCUGGGCGGAGUCCUCACCAGCAGCAAGAAGGAGGCGGAGCUCAUCAACAAGAAGACGGUCCAGAUGAAGGAGAUGCACUGUCUGUACCCAGGAGACCUGCAUCCGUUCACCAGGAAACCUCUGUUCAUCAUCGUGGACUCGGACAACAGCUUCGUGUUCCAGAACAUCCCGCGCUACUUUGGCCAGCCCCUCGUCGUGCUCAUGUCGCCCCAGGACGUGCCCGCGGUCUUCCAAGACCAGCAGCACAACGGGAACCUCUUCACUCUGUUCCUGCACAGCCCACUGACUGCCUUCUGCUUCAUCUGCAACAUCCUGAGCGUGCCCAUCCACCUGUGGGAGCGCUGCCAGUCCUACAUCGACCGCUUCGUGACCGAGGCCAGCCGCCUCUUCACUCGCUGCCGCAUAGACUCGGCGUACCUGCAGUUCUUCGGAGACGACUUCCUGAGGCUUCUGCUGCUGCGCUACGUCUUCUGUGACGUCGUGCUUCACCUGCACCGCGCCUUCAAGAGCCGGCUGUUCCGGCCGCAGUGCCAGCCCGCGCUGCCCGACGCAGACCUGCUGGACCACCCCGGGCUGCAGCACCUGGUGCUGGACCUGGCCGCGCACCUCGACGUGCGGGCUCACUUCGUGGACUCCAACGAGAUGGACUGAUGGCCGUCGGCGGGCGGCCCGCGCUGCCGACCCGAGUCCCGGCUCCUGCCCGUCUGCAGCUAGCACGCCCCGCGCGCCGCCCUCCCGCGGCUGGCUGUGUCGUGAGUGCGUACAACCCAGGGGGCACGCCCUUUCCAAACCACACCACACUCCCGAUCAUCCGCAAAACAGCCGAAAGUGGGAAACAAAAAAAGGAAACAUUAAUUUCAACUUAAAAAUCUAAACAUUUAUGUACAGUAAAAGUUACAAUUAACAGUAAAAAAAAAAUUUAAUGAUGCUAAAACUUUAGUAUUUAACUGAAUAAUUAACAUACAAUACAUUUUAGUAAUGUAAACAUAAAAGUGCUCAACCAUACGACUAGAAACAAAGCGCGACAAAGACAAAAAUAGCAACGCAUGCCAGCCUACUGCGUGAGUUCCGAGAAUUCCUGUGCAUUUUACUGUGUACUACACGCAAUACACUCAUCAGUAGAGUUCAAAUUUGCUCACUUGUAAUAAAGUACAGAUUUACAUAUGUGUUGUAUUUUUUCGUAGCAUGCGCGGAUAAUAGGGAGUUUACUGUGCUACGUUCUAGGGCUUCCUGCCGCCAUCCUGAGCGUGCACUUAGUCGCAAGAAGUACUCAACUCAGGUUGUUUGGUGGCUGGGCUCGGACCACAGAUGUUUAAUUUCUCUUCAUGCGUAAUGUAAACGACUUUUGUGAGCCACCGAUCGCAGGCAGCCGCUCCUGGCUACUGUUGAACGAUGACUGAUGAGAUGACACUAGACACCUGCGAGUACUCGAAAUUCGAGUUUCGAGUCAAGUUUUUUAGUAAUACUCGAACUCGAGCUCGUGGCUUUUCAACAACUCGAAAUUCGAGCGAGCUUUUCUUGUACUGUACCUUUAGAAAAAAGACUCUCAUUAUAUCGGAAUAAAAGUCUUACAACACUAUUAUACUUUACUUUAUAAUGUAACAUGAUCAACCGUAUACAUGAACACAUAAUUUUUACGUACCCGGGAUUUACGAAUUUCCGUGAUUAAUUUGUUUUACUUGUAUCAUUUUCCGCAUAGCAUUAAUGUAUCACUUUCCCGCUUUAUGCGGAAGUAUAUUCCGCAUUUUACUGUAUAAAGCAUUUAAAUUGUCCAGGGUUUCAUCAUUUACGCCAUUAAAUGUGUGAUAUAAAGUCCCGUUUGAAAUUUUUAUGAAAGUUCCUGCCUCAGUAAUGGCGCACGUAAAUAUAAAUAUGAAGAAAAAACAAAUGAACAACAACUUACGAAGAAAUGUGGAUGAUGUACCAUAACUACAGUACAAACCCAAUAGUUAUCUUCAGAUAAUUACCAUAAAAAGAACUAAAGAUUCUUUGUAGAUACCAUAACUACUACAGAAGCAUGCAACUAUAGUUGCCGUAAUAACCGAGAUGUGUAUUUACCGUGAUGGUAAUGUAUUUAUUUAGGACAUAUUAAAAUUAAAGAACAUUAUUGAAAAAAAAAAAGAUAUUAAAUCUUGAUAUGUACGGUUGGCACAUGUUGCUAAGAAAUAAUGCGAUCUGAAAGAAUGCAGUACUACUACGAAAAGUGAAAAGGGUACUCGUGGAUUUUUAGGUUAUGGCAGUCUCUUUCGUUUUUCAGUAAUAUCGGCCGAAAAUUAAUAAGCGUAUCGGAAGUCGGCAUAAAUGCAGAUUCAACUAAAUAUUGGCAAAAUCGGCUUCUUCAGUACAGAUCUACAUUUGAUGACAUGAGUAAACAUAUUUCAGACUACAGGAUAUCAGGCCUCAAAGUGCUUUAUUCACUGGAAAAAAGUGAGAAAAGUGACCUUUGUGAUAGAAAAAGUGAGAAAAAUGUGAUCUCCAGGAAAAUAAGUGACUAAAAAGGUGACCUGAAAUAUAACUGAAAUAAAUGUUACAAAAAAUUUUGAUUGUAGUAAAAUAAAAUGUUAGGUUAUAUAUGGAUCUAAUAAAAUACUGACAGUUAUUCUAUUAACUAUUUAAAAACACACAAGUUACAAAUUAUGCACCAGUAGCAAAAAAUUAAAAGAAACAAAUUAUUCACAUACCUACCUAAGAUGGUGAAAGAGAAGUCAACUGUGUAAACUGUGACUUAAAAGUGGUUUCCAUGAAAAUUCUAUCAAGAUUAACAUUUUUAUAUUGUCUUAUAAAAUGAACUAAGAAUUAUAUUAAGUAAGAAGACACCAUAGGCCUACUACAAAACUGUAUCUAGUCCAAUUUAAGAACAUUUCAACAUCAGCAAACUUAUGUCAGAACACUCCAUCAACCCAAAACAUCUAAUUUUUUGAGUAUUUUGAAAAAUAGUCAGAAAUAAUUUUAGAUUUCCUUUUCUCCACUGAGUGUUGUACAGUAUCAACCUCAAGCUUCUUCUCUGCAGCUUCUUUUCUGACUCUGUUAACACCUUCCAACAUGGCCUGGGCCAAUCCAAUUUCCUGCAUAUCUUUCUUUUCUACAGCCCUCUUUAAUCUCUUAUUUGCCUCCUCAAAAAGUGCAUCUGCAGUCUUUCUUUUUUGCUGCUCUUCACUUUGCAAACUCUUCAAUUUGUUCUCAGCACCAGCUAUUAUCUUUCUCUCAUUUUUCAGUUUUUGUAUUCUCUCUGCUUCCACUAAUUUCUUUUCAUCUGUUUCCAACUUCUUCCGAGCUGCUUCUUCUUUUAAAGCCUUCUCAUUUUGCAAGUGUGUAAGGUAGCUGCUAUGAGCUACACGAGCCAUUGCUAAUAGCUCUCUUGUAAUGGGAACCAAAUCAGGCUUGCUGUGGUACAUCUUCAUUAUUGCACUCUUGACAGUCAUUGCUGCAUUGAGUGUUCUUUCCGACAUGGAAGCUUUAUCUUGAGUUAAGAUGUGGGAGGACAAAGAAAACCCUCGCUCUAAGUCAGCAUUUCCGUGUGAAAGAGCCAAAACAGAUUUUACAACUUUAGCAACGUUUGGGUAUUUGUCAUCACCAAUACUGUUCUUCAAAACAAAAAACUGAGCCCAGUAGUCAUCUAUACUGCCACCACACACACUUUCCUUUUCACACUGGAGUAGUUUCCAUUCAUUUAACAGAAUACUUUCAUCAAUUACAAUGGGCAGACCCUUUGCUAGAGCAACAAUGUCUCGACAACUGCGGUGUAAAACCCUUUCUUCUGGCUGGAGGCAACGGCAAUUCUUCAGAAGUGGUUUCAACAUUAGGGGUGACUUUCUGAUAACAUGAGUAACAGCUUCAACAUAAUGGUUUUUCGCUCCAGCCAAAAACUCCAGCUGAAACCUUUCAUCCACCUGUAACAUAUAUCCUUUAUGAUUUGUAAAUGUAUUUCGAACCAAGAGUUAAGUGCCCACUAUAUAUACUUAUAUAUCCUAACUGCAAAAGCAAAUUCUAAAACAAAUUUACCAGUUGUUAAAAUUGUUCAUAAUUGUCUAGAAUAGGGUCUCUUGUGAAAUACUUAAAAAAAUGUCAAAUUAAAAUUUGAAAAUAGGGUGCACUCAAUAGUAACAACCUUUAUCAUUAAUAACCUAAAAUGAUUUUCAAAUUAUAAUUUUUUUCACUCCUAUCAUCAAUAACAUUUCGAAGUAAGUUAAUCACACCUCCUGCCUGCUAGUUUUGUUUUUUUAGGGAUCUACUUUUUUAAAAUAUAGAUUUUUUUUUGGGGGGGGGGGGGGGGAAGAGAUUGAUAAUAGGGGGAAAUUUUUUUCAAUUAAAAAAAAAUCUUUUACAGUAUUAUUAAAGGAGGUGAAUACUAUUUAAUUAAUAAAUUUUCUAAUUUUUUUAACAUUUUUGAAAAUGCCUCUAUUCUAGACAAUUGCAAAAUGGUUUAUUGCACUACUGCAAUGAUCUGUGCAUAAUUUAGUACAUUGUUUACACGUUGGAACCAAAGUUAAAAAUGGUAGGCUACCAUAAGAAAUAUAUUACAAAAAAAAAAUGAUUCCAGGUCUUAAAAAAAAAUUCCCCUACUGUUCCUUACAGGGGGAAAAAAAUUUCCAGGUCAAGUGGCCACCCUGAAAGUACAAUUUGAAGAUUUAAAUCUUAAACAACUAAAUCUAGAAAUUACCUUUGAAAUUUCUGUCAAAAUCUCUUUCUCAACAUGGAUUUUCUGGGCAGGAAGUAGGUUCUCUGUUUUUAGUAAAUCUUCACUUACACCAACAGUUUGUAUGAGUUCUGGUUUGCAAACCUUUCCAAGCAAAGUCUUAGCAAGAGUGUCUAGUUCAUCAUGUAUAACAUGUAUCAUUGGUUCUUCCUUCUGGAAUGCACCAGUGAAGUGUGUGAAUACUCUGGCACUGCUGCACACAAAAAGAAGUUCAGCCUUUAUAGUAGGCUUCUUUAGUAAACUCACUAUUCUCUUGUAGUUGUUGCUCUUGCCUAGGGGACAUAACUUAGGAAGUAUUUUUUGAGAGCUUCCCAUUGUUUGAUCAAUCGUGAUGCAGCUCCUUCUAAGAUAAGCCACCUUGACGGAACAUGCUUGAUGAAACUAUGUUUUGGAACAGAUAGGUCAUCUUGUAUUUGUAAGUAGUCCUCACAUCUUGAAGGCCAACCAUCAAAAAAAUCAUGGACAGCAAUUACCAAAUCAGCUACAUCUUCUCCAAGUUUAUCAAGUCCACUGAGAAAUGCAUUGUGAAGUGUGUGGAUGCUGCAUGUGCCAAUAUUAACAAGGGGUGCCUUGCGAAUAGAAACCAACUCUUCACAUAUAAUACGAGCAACUUUCUUGUUGACAUUAGGGCCAUCACUCCCUAACAUUAAUAUCUUCUGACGAGGUAACCCAGCAUUGUCUAGUGCAGAAUUAAUUUUCUCAACUAGUAUUUCGCCUGUAGCUGAUCCAAUAAAAAAGGUUUCAAGAUGGUGAGUGAUAAUCUGUAGCUUCGUGUUAGACCAGUACCUGAUAGCAAUUUGCAGUUCCUUUCUACCUGUGUGGUUUGUUGUUUUGUCGUAGCAUACUGAAUAGUAUGCACCAUCCAUGUCUUUCAAAAUAACAUUGCGAAAAUAUGGGCUUAAUGCAUCUGUUAGUAGAUACCUAAAUGUAGUGCCGCUCAGGCUGAAGUCCUCAGGCACACCCUCACCAAACAUACUUUUAAAAACGUCAGCUAUUCCUCCACAAGAUGAUGCUGAAUAAUUUGAAAUAAUACAUUUCAUUACACAUUUCAGUUCUGCACUUGUUGCACGAUCUCGUACACUGUAAAGACAUUUAACAUGGUUUUCUGAGGACACUUCACUUGAUGUGGAAGCUGAACAUGAAGGUUGAACGACCGUGAAUUUUAGCUGACUAGGAGCCAACUUAUUCCGACAUUCACUCUUUUGUCGCUCGGAAGUAGCAUGCUGAGAUAGUGCUUGAUACCCUUUGGUUGAUAUUUUGAUUGUGACACAGCAAACUGCACAAAAAACAUCAGUAUCGUUACGUUUUUUUGCCCACUCGUUAAUGAUAUAUCCAUUAUCAUCGCGCCUCUCUAGCCACUCGCUACGAAAACGACACUUCCCCAUCUUCACCACAACAUCAAAAAAUUACGAUAUUAUUUCCCGGUUACUUGUUUAUCUCAAAUAAUAGUAUAUCAUGACACAAGUAAUAUCGCUAGCCAAGGCCCGUAAGGACAAAACUAAAUUAAGACAGUAAUCAGACUAACUACAGAGCACACUGGCGCGAACAUAGGUUAUCUCCCAUCACGUGGGAAGCCUACUACUUACAUAGUUUCAGUUCCCUGCAAGAAUUUCCGAAGAUUUCCGAAGUUUUGCGUUUUGGUAUUAACGCCACUUCAGCCGCUAAAUCAGAAGUUCAAGCAUGUUGUGACUGACCUGACCUGACCUGACCCGACCCGACCCGACCCUUCCAUUUUUUUAAAUUUCAAUUUUUGAGAGAAAUCCGAAGUUGCAUGAACGUGGUAGGGAACCGAAACUACGUGAGUUGUAGGCUACCGCCAUCACGUCAGCCAAUCGAUACUGUAGGGCGAAUCGAUUAAUGGAUAGUUCGACUUCAGUUGUUGUUUACGCUUUUACGCAUGUAAAAAACGAUCUAGACACCAUCCGUGUUAUGGCAAACGGCAAAUACCUUGAUUACAGUCAAAACCACAAAUUCAAGCAUUUAAUUAAUGUCACUUUCAUUAACGGAAAUCCAAAUUUUGGGCACCAAUAUCGAAAAAAAAUUAAAUUAAGUGACUGUUUAAAAAAUAGUGACAAAAAAGUGAUUGAUGAAAAAUAAGUGACUGUAAGUGAGUUAAGUGACCAUUUUCGACCCCUGGGAUAUUGAAAAGACUAAUUUCCAUGUAGGUUUAUUGUGUGUAUGUUUUUUUUUUUGCAAGUGUAAAUUGAAUUAAGUAAAAUGCUUCUAUUUUUAUUACUUUCAAUUGAUUAAACUUUAAUGACAAGUUACAAAUAUUGACACUAAUUUUGAGGUUAAACAAUUUUACUUAAGCAUUCCAGCCACACAGGUUGCCAGCGAGAGACGCUUCUCUUCUGCUGUAAACACCAUCUCCAAUCGUAGAGCUAAUUUAACUCCUGAACGUGCAGAACAAAUUAUUUUUCUGCAUGAUAGAUUGAAGAACAGAAUUUAAUACUCUAUGACAAUCUCUCUCAGAAUUUUUGUGCCGAAAAGUGGAAAUGUUGAAACAAUGUAAAUGUACUUUUCAAACAACAUGAUUUUUUGUGCUCAGUUUGUUGAAGCUCAGUAAGGACUCCAGAAAAAUUGACAAGGAUGAAAUUAUUCCAAAGAUAUGUUACAUUUACACAAAAAUAUACUCUUGAACUGUGGUUAUUUUAGUUGGAUGAUAUCAGUUACUAAUGAACCAAUGGAAACAGGUUAGAUUCAAUGGCAAAAGUGUUUUUUUUUCCUAGCAGUGCAAAUUAUAAAUGCACUCUGUAAAUAGUUACCCAAAAUUAAUAAGCCCACUUCAUUUUAAUACUUUAUUCAAACAUUAUACCUACUAAGUUUAAGGUAAAAAUAAUUUCCCAAAAGUGUAACUGUACCACAAAAGCUCAAGCUUCGAGAACUUUCAAGUAGGCUCGCUCGAGCUUGGCUCAAAGUAAAAUUCUUAGGCUCGCAGACCUCUAAUGUAGGUCUAUCUAUUUAGUAGGCUAACAAUGAUAAUGGUUUCUUUUUUUAUUUCCAUAUUUUUCUCAAAAGUUCUCACAUUUUAUUACUCCAUCGCAGUAAAUUUAUGUGCAAUAAACUUUAAAAAAAACUCGAACUCGACUCGAUACUCGCGAGUAUUUUAGCAAACUUGCUCGAGCUCGACUCGAAGUGAAAAUCCUCUGCUCGCAGGUCCCUAGAUGACACGACUGCCUACCGCCACGCAACAUCACCAACCAGUCACAACACAGCUUCCUUGUACUUACAUCUAGGCAUUUCUGCAAAAAAAAAUAAACAUACAAAAAACAAAACCUAUUCUGAUUGGCUGGCGCAAAAACAUGAUUGUUUACCUAGCAAACUACAUGACGUACAUGAAGGAACAAAUGGGAAGUAUGAAAAGUGCUUUCUGGUAAAUUAGACAACUAAUACUGAAGUGAAAGGUUGGUUGGAUGACGUUAGCUACAAAAGUUAAACAUUAAAGGUUUGGUAUGAUUUCUAAAUUUUUUUUAAAAAAAAAUAAGCAACUAACUUUACCUAACCAACCUUAAACUUCAGAUAUGCAGCAAAACUUCAUAUAUUUCACAAAAAAAAAUGUGCAUUUUUAAAAUUCUAUAUUUGCAGAACAGAUUAAAUGAGUUCAUAUUUAUGUAAUUCACAAGUUUUUGUUAUGACAACCAGGUAAGCUCUUAUUUACUUCAUCAAUAUUACAAACACAUUUCUGCUAAUUUCCUCAGAAAUCCAGAACCAUUAUCUACAUUGGUUAAUUUACUUUCUGAGUCAAAUCAUCUAUUUUGUCAUAGAUACAUAAAGUAAGUAUGCAGCCACUGUGACGCAUGGUGGUAGAUCGAUUUUAAAUAAAGCAAAAGCAUACUUUAGAAAUGUUCCAAAAUUUGAAAGGAAAAAUAACUUGACACAAAUUUUAUUAGAAUGGGCAAUGAACAUAAAUUUAAUUACGUUGCAAUUUAUGAAGUUUUUUAAAACUUUCAUGUAUUUUAUGUAGGCCUGUGUGAAUUUUCAAAUACGUUUUCUAAUUUUUAUUAUUGGUAUUUUAUUUAACUUCAAGUAUUAACACUUCGAAAUAAGGAAUACAAGUGGUUACGAGUAGUGGUGCACCGAUAUGUCUUUACCGAUUACCGAUUUGAUUACCGACUAUGAGAGCAAUAAUCGGCAGAUACCGAUUCAGUUACCGAUUAUAAUGAAGAAAUUUUUUUAAGUGUAAUAAUGCACACAAAAAUGUUUAUUCACAUGUGAAUUUAAUAACAAGAUUAGGUAAAAUCGAGAAUACAGUGAUAAUAACAGUACAAAAAUAUAUAAAAUACACUAUUAAGUCAUUGCAAAGUGUAAAUUAAAUUAACUUCUAUUUAUAUUUGUUAUUGUAAACAACUUGAACUACAGUCUAAUAAUUGUAAUUUACAAUGGGUAAGUUUUUGUUGCGGAAAACUAGCAUUAUUAUUGACUAUCACAUAAGGUUGCGUCAAGAAAUUACCGUUUAAUAAUGUAAACAUGCUGCUUUAUUUUGUUCACUUUAAUUUAUAGAAAAAUGUUUCCACACUUCACAUUUUUUCUCACUACUCGCCAUCUCACUAUAUUUAUAUAAAAAUGACUAAAAACCAAUUCUAGCACAUGUGAUUUUAUUUAUGUUGACUGAAUAUAUAAAAUUAUAAAUACUUUUUCACUUUUCACGUCAUACAAAUAACAAACGGAUAAUGUUACCAAAGACGCCCAUAACGAGUUUGUAAAACGCAGUGAUAAAAACUAGAAGGUAUCGGGACCGCGAUUUUGAACCGCUACUACGACUCGAAAAGAUUGAUUGUCAUAGAAUCCACUGCAACUGCUUGUGGUAUUUCGAUUGCGUGCCAUCUAUUUUACGUCUCUGGCUAUAGGUAAUGUACAAGGCCACUAAACAAAAGACGAAACGUAAAUAAACGUGUAGGAAAAAUGUUUUUUUUAUUGUUCGAGGCAAUGAGAUUUAUUAAACUUAACGAAAUAUCUGUAAUUAUGAUAUGACGGAGUUAGAUGAAUUUUGUAAUAUAUACAAAUAUUACUGUAUUUCAUGCUAAAAUGUGUAACAAAAUAUUACACGGUAAAAACCUACUUAAUUACGCCGGGACGUAAAUAAUCGGCAAAGUAAUCGUUAAGAUAAUCUCCGAUUACGAUUAAUCGGUAAGUACCCAUAAUCGCCGAUUACGAUUGAUCGGUAUCCGCAUCGGUGCACCACUAGUUACGAGUAUUGGACAUAGCCUACCUGGGAGUUUGUCAUAUACGGAUGUUCACUGUUGAAGUUGUAAUUUUUGUAAUGUAAAAACCCAGUUUAUAUAUUUUAUUGGGACAGCAUUGUAACAAUCAUGAACAAUGCUCUGCGGUUUAAACAAGUAGCAAAAAUUCAAAUUUGUUUUACUACUGUUGAGCAUAUAGUAGCUGAAAUACCUUAUGGCCCAUUUAAAACACGGACAUUUUAACAUUUUUAACUUCAAAACUAACUAUUAUUUGUAUUUAUUUCAUCUCGCAUACCAGUAGUGGGGGAAAAUAAAUAAACAUCAACAACCAUAGACUACGACAUAAAUUACGGACACUUCUUUGCGGUGGUCAUUAAAGAAAGUGAAGGCCAUCGUUGCAAUGGUGUAUAAAUUAAUAUUCACUAUCAAACUACCACCAUGUAACUUAGUAGCAGUUUACUUGAAGUAUAUGUCUAUAACAAAACAGACAUAGAGACUCAAAAACCAAAUAAACAAACCUGAAUACGAUUCCAGAUUUUUCUGAGCAAAAAUACAGCUUACCUGGCUGCUGUCAAAAACGUAAACACGGGAACAAAAAUGUUUUAGAUAUGUAAAUAGGAGUUCUUUUAAUAACUAUUUAACAAAUACAGUAUUUUAAAAAAAUUCACGGUUUUCGUGAAAUGGAAUGGACUUAAAAGUAUGUAUUUUGCGGUUUGCUAAAAUUUUCUGGAAUAAUAUGUAGAGUAGCUUGACCUGAGAAAUAAAGUGAAUAAAAAUGGAAGUGAAAGGUAUGUUAGUUUAGGUUAGCUAAAUAGAAACUUUUUUUUCUAAGAAUAUAAAUAUUUUAACAAACAUUUUACAUAGAUACACCCUCUUUUAUCGCAUAAUCGUCGCACCCAUAUUUUAGGGCGUCAAAAUUGGGAUAAAAAAACUUCUCGCGUGAACGUUGCAUGUUCUUUUUGGUCCCGCUAUUAGAUGCCAAGCGCUUUGUGUAGGUAUCUUUUCCGUAUAAAACGAUGUAUUUUAAAGUAUAAAUCUAAUAUUUAUUUGGACAUUACAACUUACUUAUUUAUUUAACAGAAAUACGAAGUUGUCUGACGUGUAAAUUUUCUUUUAAAGACUUUUAAAACGUUAUAACCUUCAUCUGUUCGUCUGCAUCGCCGCGGUUUACCGCUUACAAAAAUGUAGCCAGCGCUCGUUGAAAUCUUUAAUGUUUGGUUAUGUUGCUUCCUGUAUAGAGCGCGCACACGUAGUUGAAUAUCGUUAUCUCGCCGAUGCAUGCAACGCGCACUCUCUAUCAUGUGCCGAGUUUACUACAUUUGAUAGCCUGCACUCUUUCCUGGUAAGUGUAUACUAUGACGGUAGUUACGCGUUAGUUCACGUCACAGAUUGAAGUCGCUUGCGUUCGUGUCACAGAUUUAGUUUUUCUAUUUAAAGUUAAAGAAAGGUUUUUGUUUAAUGAAUUAUUAAUAUAAAUUGUUAGGCAUGCUCUUUUAUACUCCACCAUUUUUAAAUAAACGUACUUUCCAUGAACGGGUUUUGUUUUUAUGAAUAAGUUUAUCUAAAAAAAAUUUUUUUUCCUUUUCCGCAUAAUCAUGGCACCCCUACUUUUCAAACUUAAUUUUAGAAUAAAAUGUGCGACGAUUAUGCGAGAAAACAUAGUAAUUUUUAUAUCUGUUUUAACCCAACAAACCUCACUUCAGUAUCAUUUGUUUAUUUUUCCAGAAACUUUUUCAGUACAUAUUUAUCUUUUUUUUGCUUUAUGUAUUUGUUAAGUGAUUGAAAAAUAAUUUUUAGGGUGGAUCAUGUACAUUCCACUAUUUGUGUCCAAAAACACGAGAAAUAUUUGCCAUUUUCACAUGAAAGGCCAGCAGUAUGCUAUAGAUUUGUGACAGCAAAAACCUUUGAAAAGAAAAUACACCAAUCCCUCACUUAGCACAACUAAUUUUUCGUGUUAUCCGAAAUUGUGUAUUCUGAAGCAUUGGUCUUCAUAAAUAGCAAGACUAAUUUACUUAAUGUGUUCCAAAAUGUGUAGGGAAAUAUGCUUUACGUAAUAUAAAUGUGUAUAAUAACACUCAAUGAUAAAUAUGUCACACCAUUUAUCUUUAUAAGCCCACCAUCGAAUACUUUGUAUGACAAAUACGACACUGUAUAGCGGGAGAUACGGGUAGUUAUCGUCAGUCGACUGAUUGACUUGCCCGCCCGGGCGUGACCUUCAACUCACGUCGUGUACCUUUCCACAAACUUUCCAUAUUAUCCUUUACUGGCAGUGAAACCAAUAUUACUGUCCAGAUAUUUAUAUUUUAAUUUUUCAAAAACCAUAGUGCUUAUUCGUGUAUCACCGCGUGAUUCACAUCAAUCCUGUCAGGCCCUUGAUUUUUUUUUUUUUUUGCACCAUUCAUUUAACAACCUUUUCCAUGUGAAUCAUCUGUUCAUUUCUGUUACGGUAUCAAAUGUCAAAUAUAUUCCCGCUAGUAUAACCAACAGCAUCAUACUUUUAUAAAAGUUUGUUAGACUCCUUAUUUUGUACGAUUGUGUGCACAGUUGACUUGCUUAAAACUAAAGUGCGACCAACAUAAGUGUGGCCUCACCAUAAUAUUUCAUACAUUUCUAUAUAAAGCCAAAAUAAUAAUAUUAAACCUAUAUGCUGAUAACAAUGUUUUGCUUAUUCAUCUUACUUAUUAUUACCAUUGAUGAACUAUUUUCAAAAUCUACCAUAAUAUUAUCUGUUCUUGUAUGCUUCUUUGUGCAUAAUUUUUUUUACCCUUAAUAUUACCAUAAUCCAUUUUAUUACUUAACACCUUAAAAACCUUAUGAAACUACUUGAGCAUGACUCAGCUGAAAAAUAAUCAAACCUGGACUCAUUUUGUAGAUACAAAUACUGAACUCUGCUCUAUACCUGAAAAUUUACAGACACGUUUUUUUAUUAGCCCAUGAUAAAUGCAUUACAGUGAAGUUCAAUAUAGACUCUUGUUAAUAAACAAGUGUGUCUUCUGUUUCAGUUAUUAUUAUUUAUCAGUUAUUCAAGAUGAUAUAUUAAAUAAAGAGUUUUUAAAUACUUUCUUGUACAUACCUAUAUAAACAAGAAAUAGAGCACCUUCAAUAUAUAUUCUUUAUAUUUGAAAUGAACAUAAUUUUUAUUGGUUUCAACUAACUUCUUAUUACAAUGUGGUCAGUUACUGAAAAGCUACAUUUUUAUUUAGAAAGAAUUAUUUAAAGGUUUGUUGCUGUGGUGUCACAUUGGUUUUUUUACCAUGUAUGGUGAAGUAUGCAGUUUGUGUCAAACUAAACUAGUUCAAACGUAAAGUAAGUUUGUUAGAGCAGUAAUAACACUGUAUUUCGUCACACUCGGUCAAUCCCUUUUAAUUAAAUUUCAGAAUUGGGGUUGUAGGCCAUGUGAGUACAUACCAGUAUCUUGUCAUGCUACGAAGUCUGUAAAUGAUAAAUAUGUUAUGAUCGGAAGUUCUUUGAAACAGAAGUUUGGAAAUGUUGUGCCCUCUGGUGAAUGAGAGUUCUGUUGUAAUGUGAAUCAUGAACCAUCUUGCACCUUUGGUUCAGUGACUGCUGUCACACGAUGCUUUGUAAAACUUUUCAUAAUUGAAUGUGUAAAUAUAUUGUCAUUAUUAUUUCUAUAUUAUUAAUCACUGAGGAUUCUGUUGUUGCAGCUUUGAAAGAAAAACACUUCUCAGUAAAUUCUAAAUGGGAGUAAAGGAAUGCGGUAUAGGCAGCGUUGUUGAGUGACAUUCCAUGCACAGUAGCGAAGAAGCAAUUGUGAUAAGCUUGUAUUGUGUUACAAGGUAGGUAAUGGCAUGGGUGAAAAAUUACCUGAUAUUUCAAGUGAAUUGAUCCUUUUUAUAGCUUUAAAUAUGGUAAUAUAAAACAGUUGUUGUAGAAAAAAAACUUUAAAACCAUUGCGUGCAGCAGUGAAUGUUUGAAAUGGUCGACCAGACGACUUGAGUGCUUGCUGCCGUACACGGGUGUGUGUAUCGUGCGGUCGACCCGGGCCAGAGAGUACGAGUGGUUGCUUGUUCUCCCAGGUUUUCUUCGUCCUUUCCUGUUUAGACAUUUUUGCUAGCUACUUGCCCGUGCAAGAUUCCAGCAGAAUGAUGAUGUAGAAAUUCCAAUUAAAACCACUGCCAAUUAAAAGGAGGCUACAAUUAUGAAAUUAGAUUAUGCAAAGUCUCCAAAUUUCUGUUUGCAGUAAAGGUAUGUGUGAGGGGCAUAGUGGCUGCUGUGGUACUAGCUAAGCUGAACCUCUAUACAAAUCAAGGCAUUACUUAAGUCCAUGAGGAAUGAUUUGUGUAGUAUGUAUUUUCUGAUAAAGUAAUGAUAGGAUGGAGAAGUCAAUCUUCAGAACUUGUUGCAUAAUUUUGCAGUGUUUUAUUUGUGCUGUGAAGAUUUUUUUCUGAAAAGUAUGAUAUUAUAUCCUUAGUUCCUAUUGUUUCAUUUUGUAUCUCAAAUACUGUUUCUUCAAUUUUGAGCAUAAAAAAAUUAUAACUUUUGAA